AAACAAAGUUGUAGGAUGGGAAAUGUCUGGGGAAGAAGAUUACAUCAGUUUGUUCUUUCACAAACUUAACCAAAUUGUACAUAUUCCUCCAAACUUCAAAACCCAUUCUUUUUCUUUCCCUUUUUUUAAUUACUGUUUGCCGUCUCCGUUUCCUCGUCGUUUGUUUUCCCGGUGCCGGCCACUUUCUCUCCCUUCUUUUUCGACCCCUCGCCGGAUUCCGUUUCCUGGAAUUUUAUUUCCUUUCCCCGGGAAAUUGGGAUUUUGCCUUUACUUUGACUACUGUUUGAAUAUUGCUAAAUGAGCUGAUCUGAGCUAUCCAGCACGCUUUCGAGUAGUGUAAUUGCUUUGUCCUUUUCAAGCUAAUCAGAUAUGAACAGAUCAAAAGUUUAGCUUUUAUUUUAAUUUGUCUGAUAGUUCAAGGGAAAAAAAGCAAUGAAAGCGCCGGCCGCCGGAGCUGGAUCUACACCGAACGCUGCAGCUUCCAAUCCGGGUGAAGGUGUUUCGCCGGAGAAGAAGAGCAUCAACCCGGAGCUAUGGCAGGCGUGUGCCGGGCCGCUGGUGAACCUUCCGGCUGCCGGGACCCACGUUGUCUACUUCCCUCAAGGACACAGCGAACAGGUAGCAGCCUCAAUGAAGAAAGAUGUGGAUGCUCAAGUUCCGAACUACCCGAAUCUUCCCUCUAAGCUAUUAUGCCUCCUUCACAAUGUCACCUUGCAUGCAGAUCCAGAGACAGACGAAGUCUAUGCUCAGAUGACCCUCCAACCGGUUUCUUCUUUUGAUAAGGAGGCAUUACUGAGAUCAGAUCUUUCUCUUAAGUCAAAUAAGCCAAUACCAGAAUUCUUCCGUAAGACAUUGACAGCAAGUGAUACGAGCACUCAUGGAGGUUUUUCUGUUCCUCGCCGUGCUGCCGAAAAAAUCUUCCCUCCUCUUGAUUUCUCAAUGCAACCACCUGCACAAGAACUUGUGGCCAGGGAUCUGCAUGAAAAUGUCUGGAACUUCCGCCAUAUCUAUCGCGGACAACCAAAGCGCCACUUGCUUACCACGGGAUGGAGUCUAUUUGUUAAUGGAAAGAGACUCUUAGCUGGUGAUUCAGUUUUAUUCAUUAGAGAUGAAAGGCAGCAGCUUCUCUUGGGCACAAGACGUGCUAACAGGCAACCCACCAAUUUAUCCUCAUCAGUAUUGUCAAGUGAUAGCAUGCAUAUCGGCAUCCUCGCUGCAGCUGCUCAUGCUGCAGCAAACAAUAGCCCCUUUACCGUGUUCUAUAAUCCAAGGGCUAGCCCUUCCGAAUUUGUUAUUCCGUUAGCCCAGUAUUACAAAGCUGUCUACAACAAUCAAAUAACACCUGGCAUGCGCUUUCGGAUGAUGUUUGAAACUGAAGAGUCAGGAGCAAGAAGGUAUAUGGGCACAAUUACUGGAAUCAGUGAUAUUGAUCCUGUAAGAUGGAAAAACUCACAAUGGCGCAAUUUGCAGGUUGGUUGGGAUGAGUCAACUGCCGGGGAAAGACGUAGUCGAGUCUCCAUUUGGGAAAUUGAACCAGUUAUAGCUCCAUUUUUCAUCUGUCCACCUCCAUUCUUCAGAUCAAAGCGUCCUAGACAACCCGGAAUGCCAGAUGAUGGAUACUCCGACUUGGAUAAUAUAUUCAAGAGGCCAAUGCCUUGGCUGGGAAAUGAUAUAAGCAUGAAGGAUUCGCAUUCGGUUCCAGGGCUUAGCCUGGUCCAAUGGAUGAACAUGCAGCAAAAUCCUGUGCUUCCAAACUCAAUGCAGCCAAAUUUCAUGCAGUCUUUGGUUGGGUCCAGUAUGCAAAACUUUGAUGCAGCAGAUCUUUCACACCAAAUGGGUCUGUCGACACCACAAAUGCCUCAGCCAAACAACUUGCAGUUCAAUGCUAAUAGGCUAUCUCAGCAAGUGCAGCAACUUGAUCAGCUUCCGAAGCUAUCAUCUACAAUGAACUCGUUGGGAUCCAUUAUGCAGCCACAACAGCUGAAUGACAUGACUCAGCAGUUGAGGCAAAAUUUGAUUGCUCAGGCUCUACCAUCUAGUCAAGUUCAGGCUCAAAUUCUUCAGCCUCAAGCACGUCCCCAAAGUAACAAUAUCCUUCAGCAGCAGCAAACUUCUAAUCAAACGCCUCAACUCCCUCAAAAUCUUCCUCAAAACCUGCAGCAGCAGCAGCAGCAACAACAGCAUAUGGUCCCAAGUCAACCACAAAACCUAAUGCAUUCCCCGCUGCCUGAUCCAGUUAACCAACAUUUACAAGUGCCUGACAACCAGGUUCAGUUUCAGCUGUUGCAGAAGCUUCAGCAGCAGCAACAGUUGCUUUUGGCACAACAAUCUGCACUUCAGCAGCCUGAUCAACUUGCCCAACCCCAAGAUCAACAAAGGCAGCUGUUAGAUGCGUCUCAGACCUUCUCUAGGUCUGUGACAGCUAGUCAAGUGUUAGAGAUGCCUCAAAAGUCACCCACCUUGCUACGUCAAUCUAAUGUUGCCCCACAACAGAUAGCUAAAAGUAACAGCCAGGCGAAUGUUCAGUUCUCUCAGUCACCUCUGCAGUCAAAGCUUCAGCAACAACAACCUGGAGUGUUGCCUGAAGUGCCUGGCCAUGUAGAUCCCUUCCUGACCACCGCGACAAAUCAGCUGUCCAAUGCUGUUAGCAGUGUAAUGACAUGUGCUGCUGUAGCUGCACAUUCUGCGAUUACUGAUGAUAAUCCAUCGUGUUCCACUUCACCAUCUACAAACUGUCCAAGUGUUCUUCAACCAAUGAUAAACUGCGGUGUCCACAAGAGUAUUGGAUUAGAGGACAUCAUCACUCAGUCUGCUGCUACGGUCUUGAAUCCUAAUCUGUUGGAGACCAUGUCACCUAAUGCUAAUAUAGUUAAAGAACUUCAGCAGAAGUCUGAUUUUAAACCCUUAUUGAAUAUCUCCAAGAGUCAAAACCAAGGCCUUUAUACCCCACAAAACCUUAUCAAUGGUGCUACUGCACAUGCAGAUUACCUGGACACAUCAUCUUCUACGACUUCAGUUUGCCUUUCUCAGAAUGAUGUUCAUUUGCAGCAAAACUCAUUGACUUACAACCCUCAGACAAUGUUGUUGGGAGACACAUGUCAAGACAGAAAAGUUCAGGCAGAUCCGAGAAACAGUGUUUCAUAUGGAAACAAUAUGGAUACCCAGAUUGGGAUACCCAUGAAUUCUGACCCGUUGCUGACGAAAGGCAUGAUGGGGCUGGGGAAGGGUUUUUCAAAUAACCACUCUUCAGGAGGAAUGCUUGCCAGCUAUGAGAACCCUCAAGAUUCUCGGCAAGAACUUUCAUCGUCAAUAGUUUCGCAGUCAUUCGGAGAGCCAGAUAUGACUUUUAAUACCAUUGAUUCCACUAUAAACCAUAACAGCUUCACAAGCCGUGGUGCAUGGACCCCGCCAUCACAAUUUCAGAGAAUGCGGACGUUUACUAAGGUUUACAAACGCGGGGCUGUCGGAAGAUCGAUAGAUAUAACUCGUUAUUCAGGUUAUGAUGAGCUCAAACAAGACUUGGUUCGUAGGUUUGGCAUCGAGGGUCAGCUGGAAGACCGAGGGAGAAUAGGCUGGAAGCUAGUCUACGUGGAUCACGAGAAUGAUGUUCUGCUAGUAGGAGAUGACCCUUGGGAGGAGUUCGUCAACUGUGUCCGAAGCAUCAAAAUCCUCUCCCCUCAGGAAGUCCAGCAGAUGAGUGUGGAGGGAGAUUUUGGAAACUCUGUCCUCCCUAAUAAAGCCUGUAGCAGCUCUGACAACGGAAAUGCAUAAACUAGUAUAUGGCAACAAGCUAACGACUGAUUAUUGGUUCGGAGCUCAUACGGUUUGUACAACAGGAUUCGGUUGAUUGCUUUCGAUAUGGUAUAUAUAUUCCACAUAUCCUUGAGCAGUAAAUAGCGUUCACUUCCAAAUUUUGGCUGAAGUUAAGGCCGGAAAAGAAGAGACGAUCAAUCAUAGCAGCAGGAAAAGUGUAAGAAUCCAGCUUGAGCUUCAGUAUGAUUGUGUAAGAAAUUGAUAUUCCAUUUUCCUUUUUAUCAACUUUGAAUUGACAUUAAACCAACUUAGGAUGAUUCAGUUGGUUCAGUAUUCAUUAGUAUGUACUUGGUAAGAAUUGAGGUUCGAGUCUUGGAGCAAUCCCAUUUGGCCUAUCAAAAUCUUUGAAAUGACAUUUGAUAGUUUUCCUCA